UUUAGCUGAGCUGACGGAUCGAGUGGAAUCGUAUUGAAUUAAGUGGUUCUGGUUCAGGUUUUUAAUAAUAAAUUAAAUAUAUAAUAUUUGAAUAAAUAACUAUAGACAUUUUUGUAUAAGUGAUAGUGCAUAAACAACAUCCGUAGCCAUCUAAAAAAAAACUACAUUCGAAGCCAUAUCAGUGUUGCUUCUGUGGCUCAGUUUUUCCAAUUCGCCUGCGCAAUUGGAAAUUCUUUUCUCUUCAUGGCUUGGAUAUGGAUAUAUAUUAGACAAAUUACACAGAUUGAGUUAACCUCCAAGUAAGUUCAUUUCCCCACGGACCAUUUUUGGUGGAACGGCGAUAAUAGCUGGUGACUGCUUUCUAUCAGAUAACUCCUACGCAAUACCACGAAAUUGAUGGUAUUAAAUCGAUCAAGAUUGGACUCACAAAAUGAAAGGAAGUAGUUUAUGACGUGACGUGACUUCGUGUAAGUUGAACUCAGCUGAACUGUGAUAGACCGCGGCUCUCCUCGGAGGUAUAUGGAUAGAGAAACACCUCUUGCAAGGAUAUUUUUGUAAAGCAGGGGUGGUCGAUGCCCCACGCGGCGCCUCCAGCCACCGCCAUGUCGGCCCCGCCGCGACACCCACACUUCUAUACCGUCGAAGUCGGAGACACGAGGUUCACAAUCCUCAAGCGUUACCAGAACCUCAAGCCGAUCGGCUCGGGCGCCCAGGGGAUUGUUUGUGCGGCGUACGACACGGUGACACAGCAGAAUGUGGCCAUUAAGAAACUGUCCAGGCCGUUUCAGAACGUGACGCACGCCAAGCGCGCAUACCGCGAGUUCAAACUCAUGAAGCUGGUGAACCACAAAAAUAUAAUCGGUCUCCUGAACGCGUUCACGCCGCAGCGCAGCCUGGAGGAGUUCCAGGACGUGUACCUGGUGAUGGAGCUGAUGGACGCGAACCUCUGCCAGGUGAUCCAGAUGGACCUGGACCACGAGAGGAUGAGCUACCUGCUUUAUCAGAUGCUGUGCGGCAUCAAACAUUUGCAUUUAGCUGGGAUCAUACACAGGGAUCUGAAGCCGUCCAACAUCGUGGUGAAGAGCGACUGCACGCUGAAGAUCCUGGACUUCGGGCUGGCGCGCACCGCCGGCACCACCUUCAUGAUGACUCCGUACGUGGUCACGCGGUACUACCGCGCGCCAGAGGUGAUCCUGGGCAUGGGCUACACGGAGAACGUGGACAUCUGGUCGGUGGGCUGUAUCAUGGGCGAGAUGAUACGGGGCGGCGUUCUGUUCCCGGGCACGGACCACAUCGACCAGUGGAACAAGAUCAUAGAACAACUGGGCACCCCGUCCGCCGCGUUCAUGGCGCGCCUGCAGCCGACCGUGCGCAACUACGUGGAGAACCGGCCGCGGUACGCCGGCUACUCCUUCGAGCGGCUGUUCCCCGACCUGCUGUUCCCCAGCGACAGCAACGAGCACAACAGGCUCAAGGCGUCGCAGGCCCGCGACCUGCUCUCGCGCAUGCUGGUCAUCGACCCCGAGCGCCGCAUCUCCGUGGACGAGGCGCUGCUGCACUCCUACAUCAACGUGUGGUACGACGAGGGGGAAGUCAACGCGCCGGCGCCCGCGUCGUACGACCACUCGGUGGACGAGCGCGAGCACACGGUGGAGCAGUGGAAGCAGCUCAUCUACCAGGAGGUGGUGGAGUACGCCGCGCCGCUGCCCGCGCCGCCGCUCGCCGCGCCGCCCGACCACGCGCAGCCCGCGCUCACCACAUAGGUAUCGACAGAGCUGACCGCCGAGAUAUAAUCGUCAUAAGCAGUGAGUGACACUGCAGCGCGCCACUCCUGCGCAGUGGCCCGGCGGCUGAGCUUCACACCAACACGACGAUGACACGACUAUGACUAUGUACAUAUUUAAACCGGAAAUGUUAUGUGCAAUAUUCGGAUGAAGUGUAAAUUGUUUAGAGCGAGGUCACACGACAUAAAUACAAGCGAGCGAGGUCGAGUCUUCAUCACUACAUAGUAUAAAACAAAGUCGCUAUUUUAGUCUGUUGUAGUCUGUAGAGGAAGGUUUUUAUGUAUAAUAACAUUUAUAAUUUUGCACCCGUGCGAAGCCGGGGCGGGUCGCUAGUUAAAUAUAUAUGCCAAUGUUGCGCGUUGAUAAAGUACAUACAUAUAUGAUCACGUCUACAUAUAUCUCUUACGGGGUAGGCAGAGUCAAAAAUCUCGAAUAUACUGAGAGGUCACGUUCAGCUUUAUGGUUUAAAAACUUUUUAUCAUUCAGUAAUCCGUACAAGAAAUUUUAAAAAUUAUUACACUGAGACUCUGUUGACGCCAUGUUAAUAUUUAAUGGGUACAUUUAUAGACUUUACCUAUAGGCGAGCGAAACGUGACUAACAAAAUUAAGAGCCAAGCGAUGUGAUUCAAACUUCGAGCAAGUGAGUGACAGAAGCGGCUAUAGAAUUAGCGUUUUGUUUAAACAGAGAAACGUUUUUUUUUUUUGCAACGACCCUACAUUGUUUAUAUUUGGUGUAUGAAGCGAAAAAUGAAAAGAGAUGAAUUAAUGUUUGCCUGCCUCGCUCGCUCGUUAUGUGUGGCCAAUAAGCCAUUAUUUUUUUCCCGUGUACAGAGAAUGUCCGAGUGUAAACAUUAGGCAGCUUAACAUUGUAAUCGUAGCGUAGAUGAAACGUAAAUUUGUACUCCAUUUAAUAAGUUUAUAUAAUUUUGAGGAAACGUUUUAUUAUUGUCUGUUUCUUGUAGUUUCUUCCUAUUUCUUAUAAUAAAUAGGCAUAAGUGUUGUGGCAAUUUUGAAACGAUUGACAACUAUCUCUCUGGCAAAAAAAUACUGGUUAUAUUGGCAGAGUAAAAUGAAAAUAUUAUUUGCGUGAAAUUAUUGGUCCUAAUGAUCGACAUGGUAGCAUCUUUCUAUCCUUGUCUCUCUAUAUAGAAUUGAUAGUGUCAUAGAGAAGUCUGAGCGAGAUAAAUAUAUUUUUCUCGCUCAAUCGUACCUUCAAAUCGUUUCUCAAUCGGCACAAAUUGGUAAUUUUGUUUGGCUGACAGGUGGCUCUUUGAGUAAAGCUCGGCAUUAUUUCAGUCUCCCCGUUUCGUUUUCCCUUUUUAUUUGCAAAAAGGAGUGCCUUUGCGAAUCAAUAAAGCGGUUACCAGCUUGCGGACUGACUUUCAUAUGUUUGAAUAUUUUUGUAAUAACGAAAUGUAAAAUCAAUCGAUUCAAUGCAAUAUUUCUUAUUUUUCUUUUUAUAUUUUAUUUCAAUUUAUAUACUGAUAAUAAUGUAAUUACGGAUGAUAAUAAAAAAAAUUGAGCUUAUUAAUAUGUGUUGUCCGAAUGGGGGUUUUAACGAUGUCUGCCAACAGAUAGCGCUAGUUGUGGUCACGUGACAGUCGGAUGUUUCAAAUAUUGUGUUCCAUUUGACUGCUGUCAAAUUUCGAAUCUUCGCCCAAAGAUGUGCGUCGGAUCCAACGCACCAGUGCUGACAUCUGUCAUAGUGGAUUUUGAAAACCCUCAUUUUAAUUAUCGUGCAAUUUAAUUUAAAUGUAAUAUGAAUAAUAUUCUGUAGUUAAUAUUAUUAUGAACCACUAUCGCAAAUUCAACAAAAUUUCAUUGCCAGUGUUAUAUUGUCCAAAUAUUAACAGGCGGAAAAUAUAGACGGAAGAAUUUUCGCUAAAUCUUAGAAAUAGAGUUGUCAUCAAGUUAUGCUCCUGAUUUUAAGAUUAUUUUGAAUUUGCGAUGGUGGGUGGGAAUAUCGUGAUUAUCCAAAAUGUAUUAUAGUUUCCUUAGCUUUACACAAUCAGAUGGGGUUUCGUGAUGUUGAUAGUUUCUCGUAGGUAGGCUCCUAGGCAUUGUUGAUAUACUGUACGGGAUUAAUUAUAAGGACAUUUCUACUUAAGUAGUACUUUUAUAGGACACCUCACACGUUAUUGCAAAAUGCGAAAAUCUAUCUAUCAAUUAUAGUUUUAUUUUAUGAAUUUGAAAAAAAUAGGUGAAUAAAAAUUACCAUCAAGAUAUAGUUAUUGUAUUUAUGACGCCAUUGGCUUAAUUAAUCAAUCUAUAUAUACAUACAUAAUUAACGCCUCUUUCCCGUAGGGGUAGGCAGAGACCACAUCUUUCACCUUGCCACGAUCCCUGCACACUUCUUUCGCUUCAUCCACAUUCAUAACUCUCUUCAUGCAAGCUCGUCGGUUUCGGGUACUAUUGACCAGACCUUUUGCUAGAACGUCUCCGAUUUGAUCAAGGUACGUUCAUCUAGGCCUUUCCACUCCAACAGUUCCAUUCACACUUUGUUUGUUUGCUUAGUCAACCAAAAUAAAAUAUAUGUAUACCUAAAAUAACAGAUUGUAGUUACAUCUACAUAUUUAUUUUUGGCACUUAUUUUUAUGAUGCUAUUGUGUAAUAUUACGUUUUUAAGAUCAUUGUAUUAAGGUUCUAAUGAAUUUGAAUAUGAAAAGCGUCGCUUAGGAAUGAAUUGCAAUUUACGUUGUGGAUAUUUGACAAUAAUAUUGUCGGCGACUGUAUUUAUAAGGUUAAUUAUAUCAAAUGUAAAUACCUUGCACGGUAAUGCGAAUCAUUAAAUCCUGCGCGUUUUAUGCUUGGAUAGAUGAAGUAUAGUGCCAUAAAUAAAUAUAUUGUAAUGAUUCGAUAUAAACAAUGUAUUUAACAAUGAAAUUAAGAGAUAUGCAACAUGGUUAGUUCUGUUUUAAUUUUGUUUUUUUUUUAAAUAAAUUAAUUCGACCGAUCAAAGAUAGUUUUGACUUUGGCGUUUUAUUCUAUAUCAAAUAUAGUUAAUCUUGCACAUUUAAUGUAAAUCAUACAUUUUCUAUAGCUAUUUUCUUACCGUUUCUAGGUUUUUAUGUAAUCUAUCAACUGACUGUAUUAAUUUAAAUACUAAAUAUUUUAAUUGUUAUACCAUGCAUUGGCGGUUCCUCAAGGAUGACACCUAGGACCUUCACACUUUUUUUCAUUGCCAGACGCAAAUUAACGUGUGAGGUAUAAGUAGGUUAUUGUUUGAAACCUCACUAGAUGAUAUGAUUAUAAUAAGAUGAAGAAAGAUAGCUGUCUCGGAUGGUUUCAGUAAAUAGCACAAUUUACUAGCUAUAGGUGAAGCCGGACGGUAUCAAGUUUGUGAUGUUCUCGCGUUUUGUAUCGAUGUCGAUAAAAAAAGCAAUAAUACCUUAGAUAAAACAGUUUUCUCUGCACUCUUAAUAGAUAACACAAUAAAAACACAAAGAAAUCAAUAAGAAACAAAAAAUUACCAAAAUAACGUAAAUUAACAGGAAUAUUGUAAACGUUAAUGCGACAUAACUGUAAAUCUUGCUCUUUUUUAAAGUUAUGUCUUCAUGUGUGCUCAAUGUCACAAAAAUUAACAAAAGACUGAUUCCAAAUAUACUUAUUUCAAACUUAUGAAAUCGAAAAUGGGUUGUUUUACAUGAAACUUUAUUACAUACCUGAUGUUAUCUAUUUGAGUGCUGCGAUUACUUAAUAGCAUGAAUAAUAUACUACAUAGUAACUGUCUUCUUUCUUCAUUUAUAUGCAGGGUUAUUCCCGAACGCUGUCAAGUCAUAUUUCUUAUUUUCACUCCAACUCUGACUUUGAGGUUAACUUGUUAGAUAAAUUCCUUGUCAACAUUUGUGAACAAACUUUGAGGUCAGACCAGGUUUACUGAUAUCAUUGUAACUCUGACUUUUAUCUCUUUUUAUUAUCUGACCACCAAAAUGUUUUUUUUUUUUGUAAUCACAGAAUUAUGUUUAUGUUUUCAAAUUCUUUGACGAAUUUCAAUUGAAUUACUCUUAAGCUCACCUUUUCCUUAAUAAAAUUUUAAAUUUAAUUACCUACAAAAUAAUAGUUACAAUAUGUUAUUUACAUGUUAUUUAGCUAUAUGAAUUUUCAGAAUAUUUGUAUUUAUUUAAACUCAUUAAAUGCUUCAUUUUUAUAAUUAUCAUCAAAUAAGAAAAAGACAUAACAAGCGUGUAUUUUUAAUCAAUUUCGCGACAAAUGUGUCCACACAAUCUGUUACAAAUGGUAAUAGUACCCUUCUUUCUUUCUUUUCUAUAUUAUGCUUAUCUACUUGACUUCAUUUAAAUCAACUUGACAUAACAUUAUGAAAGUAUACAAUAAUUUAGGUUUAAGGGAAUUGUAAAUAUAAAAACCAUAGACGAAACGGAACGAAAGUGAAGAACACAGGACAUUAACCUUAGGAGUUUGAUCACUAUAGUGAAUAUAAAUCACGAUUGUACGUCCAAAUUGUCCAUAUGUUAAUGUACCUAAUACAAAUUACAAUAAUAUAAUCGUAGAAUGUAUUUUAGUACACUUGGAGGCGAGUUAAGGUGUCGCGGGCGGUCGUCCGCGAACUCUAGUAUACAUUUGAGUUACACUUGAUGACUAUCUAAAAACAACUUAUUUUUACUGUACACGUAAGUUAUUUCAUAUUUUAACUGAAUAAAAUCGAAUUGGUUAUUAUAAA